CUCUGCUAGGCAGUGACAACCUCCCCACAGUCAGUUCUUAAAUCGGGGAUAUGCUGGGGUCUGCUCCAGCUUCUACCCAAGGUCCCACCAGUGCUGGGGCUGCAGGGCCACCUCCUGCUACCAGUGUGUCAAGUAACAAACGGCUGCAGCAGACACAAGCUCGGGUGGAUGAGGUGGUAGACAUCAUGAGAAUGAACGUGGACAAAGUACUAGAGAGAGACCAGAAGCUGUCAGAGCUUGAUAACCGGGCAGAUGCAUUGCAAGCAGGUGCCUCACAGUUUGAAACCAGUGCAGCCAAACUGAAGAGAAAAUACUGGUGGAAAAAUUGCAAGAUGAUGAUCAUCCUUGGUGUAGUAUGCGCAGUCAUUCUCAUUAUAAUUAUAAUUUAUUUCUCCACUUGAAAAAGCAAAGAGGGAAGACUUGGCACAACUUUGUUCAUAUCAACCAAUGAUAUCAGUGUUCCUUUGUUGAACUCCGCUUUUUAAUUCCUGGUGUCUUGGGAUUUUUGCUUGUAAUAACCCAGAAGCAUUCAAUGUGGUGUGUUUUGGAAUUCUGUUGUUUCCACAAGAAACUGUACCAGCUAAAUACUGCCAACUAGUUCCAUACACUGUCUUAUCACUGUGUCUUAAAAUGUGUCCACACUGACCUUCAGAAACUAGUAUAUGAAAAGCAUCCUAAAUGUCUCAGAAUCAGAGUGCAGCUGUGGGAGAGUUCCUGCUUAAAGGGACUCUGUCAGGUGAAUGGGAUCCAAAAUUAAGGUUUUAGCAAAUAUGAGGACCAAAAUUCUCGAUGUGAGCACCUAAAGUUAGAUGGCAAAAUCCACUCAGAUUGAGUUUUUUGAGGUUGUGUGUCCCUGCUACUACCACUGAAGACAGUGAUACCUGCAGGUAUUCAUAAAAUGUGUAAGACAUCUUAUUUCUACUUCCCACUCAACAAGUUUUUGAGAUCAGUUGUAAUAUUCAAGUCUAAAAUCAUUGCCUGCAGAAAAGAAAUAGGACUGUUUUUUAUGAAUUUAAAUUUAUCUUGUGGAGUAUUCUGUACAACCAAGAUGGCCUCAGAAUGAAAGCCAGAAAGAAAGCUGUAUGACAACCAAGAAAGCAUUGGCUAGCAUAGUUCUGAAAAAGCAGAGUGAAAUGCAAAGAUGGUGACACAAGCACCACAAAUGAUCAAGAUAAAGACUCUUGCUAAUAACUGAAGGCAGUGCUCAUCAGAUUUCAUGGGCCUCUCUUGAACCCCAAUCCCCAAUGCUGAUGGCCCUGACUUAAAGCACAUGAACAGCUUCGGUGAUGUCUGUGGCUUCCUAGUACAAUUGUAGGAAGCUGCCUCUCUACCUUUUGCAGAAAUGGUGCCUGCUAUGAGGACCAUUGAGAAAUCAGGAAGUGGAGGGUGUAGGCAAGUAAACAAAAGAGCGGACAGACACCGAGGAAAGGUGCUGAGCAAAGGUUUCUUGAAACAGAGGAAGGCAGAGAAGCGCUGUUCCAAAGCAAUGCUGUUAACAACGCAGCUUUUUAAAAAUUUACUUUAAAUGUGUGUUUGAGACAUAAAUUAUAGUGUCUUCUUUACGAAGUGCUCAGUUAAGAUAUUUUUCAUAACUCAGAGUUAGUUUAAAACAGCAUUUGAUGUAGUUAGGAAAAAAGAUGUAUUGCGGUUUUAAAAAAAAAGUUCUUGCAUUUUAUUGUUGUAGGGUUGCUCCAAAAUAUUUUUUUCUUUUUUAAACAUAGAAUAGUUUGUUGUGAGAAGGAUGGGGAUACUAUCCAUAUAAAAUUAUACCACGUUUGAUCAUAGUUAACCUAAACAAAA